CCCUGGCCCCGCGACACUCCCAGUGCUAUGCAGUCCCGGCUUCUGCUCCUCGGGGCGCCCGGCGGCCAGGGCGGCCCGGCGGCGCGGCGCGUGCGGCUGCUCCUCCGACAGGUGGUGCGGGGCAGGCCCGGUGGCGACGAGCGGUGGUCGGAGGUCAGGCUGCUGCAUGCCGGGGCGGGGGCCGACACAGGUGAUACAGUUAAUAUUGGAGAUGUAUCCUACAAGUUGAAAACUCCUAAGAGCCCAGAACUUGUGCCACAGAACUACAUUUCAGACUCUGUGGCUCAGUCUGUAAUUCAGCAUCUAAGAUGGAUAAUGCAGAAGGAUCUUUUGGGACAAGAUAUCUUUCUAAUAGGACCUCCUGGGCCUCUUCGACGCUCUAUUGCUAUGCAGUACCUGGAGCUGACCAAGCGGGAAGUUGAGUACAUUGCCCUAUCGAGGGACACCACUGAAACCGAUCUCAAACAACGUCGAGAGAUCCGAGCAGGCACAGCUUUUUACAUUGAUCAGUGUGCGGUCCGUGCAGCCACAGAAGGCAGAACCCUCGUUUUGGAAGGCUUGGAAAAGGCGGAGAGGAAUGUUCUGCCCGUUUUGAAUAACUUGCUGGAAAAUAGGGAGAUGCAGCUCGAGGAUGGACGCUUCCUAAUGUCUUCAGAGCGUUAUGACAAACUUCUCCAAGAUCAUACCAAAACAGAGUUGGAUGCUUGGAAGAUUGUUCGGGUUAGUGAAAACUUCCGAGUCAUUGCCUUGGGCUUGCCAGUGCCUAAGUACUCUGGGAAUCCAUUAGACCCCCCUCUCCGUUCUCGGUUUCAGGCCAGAGAUAUUUAUUAUCUACCCUUCAAGGACCAACUUAAGCUGUUAUAUUCAGUUGGAGCCAACGUUUCUGCUGAGAAAAUUUCUCAGCUCCUAUCCUUUGCCACCACUCUCUGUUCCCAAGAAUCCUCUACUCUUGGACUUCCAGAUUUUCCUUUAGAUAGUUUACCAGCUGCAGUUCAAAUCCUGGAUUCCUUUCCUAUGAUGUCAAUCAAACAUGCAAUCCAGUGGCUUUACCCAUACACUAUUUUACUAGGACACGAAGGGAAGAUGGCUGUGGAAGGUGUUUUAAAACGCUUUGAACUCCAAGAUUCAGAAAGCCCUAUGCUUCCUAAGGAGGUGGUGAGAGUGGAGAGGCUGGCGGAGAGCCCUGCCCCCCAAGCUAAUGUGACUGUCCGGAUAGCAGAAAAAGAGGUGACCAUUCAGGUGCCAGCUGGGACCAAGCCAAUAAAUCAACCUUGUGCAUCAGACCAUUUUAUACAAACUUUAAGCCAUAAACAACUACUGGCUGAGAUGAUGCAGUCUCACAUGGUCAAAGACAUAUGUUUAAUUGGAGGAAAAGGUUGUGGAAAAACAGUCAUUGCUAAGAACUUUGCAGAUAACUUAGGAUACAACGUAGAACCCAUAAUGCUCUAUCAGGAUAUGACCGCACGUGACCUGCUACAGCAGAGAUACACUCUUCCCAACGGAGACACUGCGUGGCGGUCCUCGCCCCUUGUGAAUGCUGCCCUGGAAGGAAAGCUGGCCCUCUUGGAUGGCAUCCACCGGGUCAAUGCGGGCACACUUGCUGUAUUGCAAAGGUUGAUCCACGAUCGGGAGCUAAGCCUCUACGAUGGCUCUCGGCUGCUGAGAGAAGACAGGUAUAAGCGUUUAAAGGAGGAGCUGCAAGUGUCUGACGCGCAGCUUCGGAAGAGAUCCAUUUUUCCUGUCCACCCCUCCUUCAGAAUCAUUGCCUUGGCAGAACCCCCGGUUAUUGGAAGCACAACACAGCAGUGGCUGGGACCAGAAUUCUUAACCAUGUUCUUUUUCCAUUAUAUGAAACCACUUGUCAGAAGUGAAGAAAUUCAAGUGAUUAAGGAAAUGGUCCCAAAUAUACCUCAGGAAGCUUUGGACAGAUUGUUAGCAUUUACACACAAACUCAGAGAGACACAGGAUCCCACGGCACAGUCCCUGGCAGCAUCACUUUCUACCAGACAGCUGUUGCGGAUUUCUCGUCGGCUAUCACAGUACCCUAAUGAAAAUCUUCACAGUGCAGUUACUAAAGCCUGCCUUUCCAGGUUCUUACCAAGCCUUGCAAGGUCAGCGUUAGAAAAAAACCUGGCAGAUGCUGGAAUAGAAAUAAGUACUGAUAAUCAUCAGGAACCAGAACUGGAGGACUACAAAUGUGAAAUAGCAUCUGGAUCUCUGAGGAUUGGGGCUGUUAGUGCACCGAUCUAUAGUGCCGGUGAGAAAAUGAAAGUGCCUGAUGUUCUGUUCUAUGACAACAUUCAGCACAUGAUAGUGAUGGAAGACAUGCUGAAAGACUUUCUUCUCGGAGAACACCUAUUAUUGGUUGGUAACCAGGGUGUAGGAAAAAACAAGAUUGUUGACAGAUUCCUUCACCUGCUCAACAGACCCCGAGAAUACAUCCAGCUGCACAGGGACACCACGGUGCAAACCCUUACUCUUCAGCCUUCUGUUAAAGAUGGACUAAUUGUAUAUGAAGACUCACCUUUGGUUAAAGCAGUAAAGUUGGGUCAUGUUCUGGUGGUAGAUGAAGCAGACAAAGCCCCAACAAAUGUCACCUGUAUUUUAAAAACUCUAGUAGAAAAUGGAGAAAUGAUUCUAGCAGAUGGAAGACGCAUUGUUGCAAAUUCUGCUAAUGUUAAUGGAAGAGAAAACGUUAUUGUGAUUCAUCCUGAUUUUAGAAUGAUUGUCUUGGCCAACAGACCUGGAUUUCCUUUCCUAGGCAAUGAUUUCUUCGGUACUUUAGGUGAUAUUUUUAGCUGCCAUGCAGUUGAUAAUCCCAAACCCCAUUCAGAGCUCGAAAUGCUCAGGCAAUAUGGACCAAAUGUGCCUGAGCCCAUCCUUCAGAAGCUUGUGGCUGCCUUUGGAGAGCUGAGGAGUUUAGCUGACCAGGGCAUUAUUAACUACCCUUAUUCUACCAGAGAAGUUGUCAACAUAGUGAAGCAUUUACAGAAAUUUCCCACUGAAGGUCUCUCCAGUGUGGUUAGGAAUGUGUUUGACUUUGACUCCUACAACAAUGACAUGAGGGAGAUUUUGAUUAACACUUUGCACAAACACGGGAUACCUAUCGGAGCAAAACCAACCAGUGUGCAGCUGGCGAAGGAGUUACCUCUGCCAGAGCAGACGUUCAUGGGCUAUUGGACAAUUGGUCAGUCAAGAAAUGGAAUUCAAAAACUGUUGUGUCCAGCAGAAACUCAUCAUAUAGACAUAAAGGGUCCAGCCCUUAUAAACAUACAGGAAUAUCCAGUAGAAAGAUAUGAAGAAAGAUCCCAAACCUUUACUGAAGAAUGUGCCUCCUGGAAGUUACCAUUGGAUGAAGUUAACUUAAUCUGUGACAUUGCUACAUCACAUGAAAAUGAGGAAAAUACCCUCUAUGUAGUUGCGUGCAAUCCCAUCACCUUAUACUUCAUGAACAUGACUGGGAAAAGUGGCUACUUGGCAGACUUUUCUGACAUCUUCCCAAGAAUGGCCAGUAGAGUUUGGCUCCCAUUUGUGACAGUGGCACCGCUGGGAAAUCCCCUCAAGGGUCAAGUGAUUCUGCACGAGCAGCAGAAUAAUGUCAUCCUGUUGUUAGAUACCACUGGCCAAACCCUUCGACGUCUUAUCCUCCCUUCAGAAGAGGGUCCAUCUAAGAAACCUUCCUGGUGGAACAAGGAGGAAACGGAAACUUAUAAAAUGUGUAAAGAAUUUUCGCACAAAAACUGGCUAGUAUUCUACAAAGAAAACGGGAACAGCCUGACUGUGCUGGAUGUUCUAGAAGGGCGAACUCACACCAUCUUACUUCCCAUCAACCUCAAGACAGUUUUUCUAGUAGCAGAGGACAAGUGGCUUCUGGUGGAGGACCAAACAAACCAGAAAUAUCUUUUAAGUAAGCCUGCGCACAUUGAAUCUGAGGAUAGUGGGGUUUGCCAGUUGUACGUGUUGAAAGAGGAGCCCCCUAGCACAGGAUUUGGAGUUAUACAAGAAGCAGAUCUCAGCAUACCUCAGAAAAUUUCAAGUGAUCAACUAUCAUCUGAAAACCUAAGUUCAGCUGUGGGACAAAAGAUUGCCUCUCCUAACCGAAUUUUCUCAGACGAGAAUAGUUACGCUACAGUUGUUAUUGGCUUCCCAGAUCUCAUGUCACCCAGUGAAGUCUAUUCUUGGAAAAGGCCAUCAUCCUUGAAUAAACCAAGUGUCAUGGAUAGAGCAUUCUAUGGAGGAAAGAAGAAAAGUGAAACUCCAAAACAGAGCAAUUGUGUGACUCUUUUAGAUACCAAUCAGAUAGUCAGGAUUCUGCCCCCAGGAGAAGUCCCUCUAAAAGAUGUCUACCCAAAAGAUGUGACCCCUCCACAAACAGCUGGUUAUAUAGAAAUCACUGAUCUUCAAUCAAAGAAACUCCGAUAUAUCCCUAUUCCCAGGUCGGAAUCUCUCUCGCCCUAUACCACAUGGCUAUCUACUAUUUCGGACACAGAUGCACUGCUAGCUGAGUGGGGCAAAGGUGGUGUUGUUACUGUAGAUAUGGGAGGUCGCAUCAGGCUCUGGGAAACUGGACUUGAGCAUCUGCAGCGAUCACUAAUGGAAUGGAGAAACAUGAUUGGACAAGAAGGUGACAGACAUAUGCAGAUAACAAUCAACAGAGACAGUGGUGAAGACGUGAGCUCCCCCAAGCACGGGAAGGAGGACCCAGACAACAUGCCCCAUGUGGGCGGCAAUACGUGGGCUGGAGGAACAGGGGGAAGAGACACCGCAGGUCUGGGUGGCAAAGGAGGUCCAUACCGGCUGGACGCAGGCCAUACCGUGUACCAGGUGUCGGAGGCUGAGAAGGACGCGGUUCCCGAGGAGGUGAAGAGAGCUGCCAGAGAGAUGGGCCAGAAAGCGUUUCAGCAGCGGUUAAAGGAGAUCCAAAUGAGUGAAUAUGAUGCCACAACGUAUGAAAGGUUCUCAGGUGCUGUUCGACGGCAGGUGCACUCCCUCCGAGUCAUCCUGGAUAAUUUACAGGCUAAAGGUAAAGAAAGACAGUGGCUAAGACACCAAGCUACAGGGGAACUAGAUGAUGCCAAGAUCAUAGAUGGGCUGACUGGAGAAAAAGCCAUCUACAAACGCCGGGGUGAGCUGGAGCCACAGCUGGGCAGCCCCCAACAGAAACCCAAGCGCCUGCGCCUGGUGGUUGACGUAUCUGGCAGCAUGUACCGCUUUAAUGGGGUGGACGGCCGGCUGGAGCGCUCCAUGGAGGCCGUGUGUAUGGUCAUGGAAGCCUUCGAGAACUAUGAGGAGAAGUUCAAGUAUGACAUCGUUGGACACUCUGGAGACGGCUACAACAUCGGUCUGGUUCCACUUAACAAAAUCCCCAAGGACAAUAAGCAAAGACUAGAAAUUCUGAAGACAAUGCAUGCCCAUGCUCAGUUCUGCAUGAGCGGGGACCACACGUUAGAGGGGACAGAACAUGCCAUCAAGGAGAUUGUCAAAGAAGAAGCUGACGAGUACUUCGUCAUCGUCUUAAGUGAUGCAAACUUGUCACGAUACGGAAUACAUCCUGCCAAGUUUGCCCAAAUCCUGACAAGCAACCCUCAAGUAAAUGCUUUUGCCAUUUUCAUUGGAUCUUUAGGUGAUCAAGCAACCAGGCUUCAGAGAACUUUACCAGCUGGCCGGUCCUUCGUUGCCAUGGAUACCAAGGACAUCCCCCAGAUUUUACAACAGAUCUUCACCUCCACCAUGCUGUCCACUGUUUAAAAUGGGCCCUUCAUCACCCUGAUGACCUCAGGGAUUUGAAAUAAGAUAGGAAUAAAGAGUCCCCUGAAGAAAAGACAACAUCUAUAAAGUGAACCUGUGCGAUGACUGGAGGAUUCUGGCGUUCCUGGCUCUUCCUGGGCUUGCUCAGGAAUCAGAAUUCAGGAAAGCAGCCGGAGGGGAGCCUGGGCAUGGAAAUCUACCACCAGAGAUGGGUUCACAGGGAAACAGUCUGAGAAUUAUGGUGCUUGGUUUGUAUACAGAAACCUGAGGGAAAGAUAAUUCCUUGCUUUUGCCUUAACACAAUGUCUGGUCACCUGACGUAACAGAAGGGAUUCUGAUGCCGUGUUCUACCACUGAGAUACAAGUCUGUGUAAACUCACCCAAACUGCUCCUGUCCAAUAAUUAUUUUGAUUUUCUCUUCCACCCUUUAUCACCCAGCAAACAAUGAUUUUUAUAGUAUUAACCCACUGCAAAGUCUUCUAACAGCAGUAUUUUAUGAAAGGUUAGAUUUUUUUCAAUAAUUCCAUUUUCUUGGCCAGAGCCAAAAGGAAUCAAAAGAUCCCUGCAUUGCCUCCUUUCCCAUCUGACUUUUUAAAAGACUCUUUAAAUAAUGAAGAGCAAACGUCCUAUUUCCAUGCUGCCAGUGUGGAAGGAUAAAGGAUGUCUUGCCUUGAACUUCCUGUGUCUUCUUGUUCUUCCAGUACUUCUCGCAGGUUUCACGUAUUUCCGUGUCCAAAGCGUAAUGCUCGAAAUAACGCUUAUCGUUUUACUUAAGGCAAAGUAAAAACAAGGCAGUAUGUUUGAAUGGACUGGGAACUGGAGAUUUCUUUAGCUGUUAAAAACAAAAACAAUAUUUUUUUCAAGAUUCAUUCUUUUUUCUUUCAAAGUGCACUUUACUCCCACCUACUCUUGGGCUGACCUUUGUUUAUCAACAGGUCCAGUGUCACUUUGUUUAAAAUCAGAUGCCACAGCCAGAGUCAGGCUCUGUCCAACCACAUAAGUUCCUCCCCAGCAGUGAUGCAAAGUCAGAAUUGCGGGGAGCCCCAGUGGAUGGUGUGCUUUCUUGUCACAAGUUGGAAAAACCAGUCUUGUUAAUAAUAUUACCUUAUCUGCCCAUAUAUCAUGAAAUUGUACAGAUUCAUUUUAUUUUAAUCAAUUAUAGGAAAGAAGACACCCAUUUGUUCCUCCACCCCAACUCCCUCUCAACUAUCAAAGAAAUAAAAGCAAUCAGAUUCCCAAUGCAGUUCUGUCCAGUGAGUUCGCAUGGCUCGUCUUGUUUUUCCAUCAAACGCUUGCUCUGCAAUUUCAAUCCAAUAAGUACCUUCAAAACUGUAACCACACUAGUAACGGUAAUAAUAGUAACAGCAGCAGCCACUAGCCUUUACUUACAACGUCCCAGGUAUGCCCAGUGAUUUCAUGCAUCGUUCCAUUCAACCCUCAGAAUGAUGCAUGUAAAACGGGUAUUUUUUUACCUCGUUUUACAGAUAAGGCAAGUAAGUCACUGUCCAUUUAACAUCCUCCUUGACAAAUAAGGAAACUGAGGCAUAAGGAAGUUCAAGGAAACAGGCCACACUCAGAGUCCGUGGGGGAGAGCGGGGCUGGGCUGGCCCCUUUCUUGCUUUAUUCUUACUGAAAGUCAGCUCUUGUUGAAUUUGCUCCUUUCUCUUCUUGCUACCUGACCACAGUUCAUAGAGCUUCCUUCCUCUCCCUGGUACUCUCUCUGCACACAUUUGGGCACUCAGAGGAGGGUGUGGGGACCAAGGACAGGAGCCAUUGCUGGAGGGACACCUCUCACUGGGCUUUCCUGGGCUCAGCAGCAGACUGAGGAAGUGCCCGUCCCAAUGGCAGCUUAACUCCUGGGGGUGCCCCCUCUGCAAGAGGGUCACAGCCCCCAAAUGCUUCAGCCCAGAAUCCAGGAGUCAGUAACAGAAUAGCCUUUUAACAAAUCCUGCCUGUGCCCUAACCACCUGAGUGAGCAGAAGCCACUUUUUUUUAACAUGGGAAGAAUGUUCUCAUGUAAUUCAAUUUCCCUUUCCCCACUGGCCAGACAUCCUUGCAAUUGUUAUGUUAAAAAAACAAAAAGAAAUAAAACAUGUAACUCCUGACUUACUUGUAAAAGGGAAAGAUGAUGGGGGAGGGGAAGGGAGCGGAGAGAGAGGAGCUGAGAAGGGUUUAUUUUCACUUCUUGGAAUACCUAAGAAGUUUGUGCCUUUAUUAUUAAAUGUACUUAAUUAUAGGCCACUCCAAGCUGUUCCCAGGCCCUUCUUAGGGUCAAGACAUUAUAAUAAAUGCAUUGUUUGCCUCAGGGGGGGUUCCACUGAAAGGCAUCUAAACCAGCUCAGUCUCAGUAGUGAGCCCUGUAAUGCUGAGAGGGUUCUUUGUGGCCCAUGAGCACCAGGAGGAAUGAAGCCUAUGAAUGGCCGCCGUCUAUGUUGUGUAUCCCCCCUGGAAUCUUUUGUGUGCCCCAGCAAGAUGACCUCAUCACACAUGGGGCACCUCCAGUGAGCCCAGCCUCGAGAACUGGAUCGGAGCGGGAGUACUUGAGCCUGUCACAUGUUUGGAAUGAAUCAUUUAAUUCUUUACGCCCUUUCCUGUGAACUGUCAGAGGAGGAGAAAUCCAUCAAUGCCAGUGGGAUUUUCUCUGAACAAACUCGAGGGCUUUGAAAGCCAUUUAGAAGUAGUUCUCCGUGGGCUGCACUGUCGGUGUUCCUGAACGGCCAGCUCCAGAGGCUUCAACCUUCCCUCCACCUGGCUCUUUCCUGUGCCUGUCAACGCAGCCAGAAUUAAACUCCUCUGAGAACGGAGCAGAGAGGUAUGGGGCUGGGGCAACAGGACGGUAUUUCCAUUACGGCCCAACAAUCGCAAUUAUGAGAGAGAUUCCACAAGUUCUAAGCCAACAUCUCCUGCCUGGACUAUUUUUCUGGAAUUGCUUCAAAGAAUAGUCACAUGUUCGUUUGUAUUUAGUAAAUUGUACAUUACUUUUUCAUCUUAGGAAAUAAAAUGUCCACUUUCAAAAAAAA